ACCUACCCUUGCAUCAGGCGAACCGUUUUCAAUUUUAUCAAAUUUUUGUACAAUUAAUUUGUAUUUUAUAAUGAAUAAAGAAAGUCAAGUACACCGUACAAGAUACAGGAUAUUUAAAGGAAUCGGCCAUCUUGGCGUCACCUCGUGCCCUCGUCAAGAAAAGCCGCAAGAAGGUUCACAAGGAAGGAUAAGAGUAUACGGGACAAGAUGCUGUGAUGACCUUCGCCUAAGACUUGGAACCGAGACACCUGCUGUAUAUCGAUGCUCAUUACUUGUUUUAUCAUCCAAUUCGUCCAUCCCCGUUUUUGCAGCGAUGUUUGCCACUUUUGGGUGCAAACCGAAUUGAGGGGGCGGUGAUGCGAACGAGGCGUUAAGACAGCGCAAGGCAUACGCCCCGUGCUCCGCGCCAGAGCAGCACUCUGCCUUGGAGGCCCCCGCGCGCGACCAAACCGCCGCGACGCCCGCACAUUCUUCGCGCUCGCGUGACACAGACAAGAUACCCGCCUAUCAUUGUGGAGUCGCUCCCCAAUUGGGCGACGCACAUGAAGGCGCUGACGGAGAUCCUGGGGCACCAGGUGAAUGCGCGCGCCUAUGGCACAGGCGUGCGCUUCUCGCCCCAGGACGAAGCGGAGUACCGAGCGGUAGACCGCUACCUGCGCCGCAUCGAGGGGGAGGGAGAGGACAUUUCAUGGUUCUCGUACUCCCCCGAAGCGGAGCGCAGCGUCAAGGUAGCCGUCCGCGGGCUGCCGAUAAACACGCAGCCCGAGGAGCUGCUCGCCGCGCUGCGCGAACGGGGCUAUGAGCCCGAGUUCGCGCGGCCCAUCCGCGCUAGGAAGGGGCGCCCUGGUUGCCUCUUCCUGGCGAUACUCAAGAAGACGCCGAACAUCACCCCGGGCAUAUACUCCAUAAAGGAGCUUAUGCACAUGCCCGGGGUCACCGUCGAGGCCUCGCAGGCGGCCCAGCGCGCCCCUGCGCCGGCGCGCCCUGUCGCCGCCGCCGCCGCCGCCGCUCACACACCCUCCUCGCGGAGGGUGUGUGAGAGAGGAUCCCGAUAA